AUGAACAACUCUGCAGUGAACUUCACCACACCUGAAACAUUCACCGACCUCACAUCAUCAUUACUUCAUGAAACGGAAAUGCUAGAAUGUUUUACAUCAGGCUUCAAUUUCAUGUUUGGUUUUCUCAUACACUCCUAUGUUUUGUGGCUCAUCGUCAACGGGACAGGAAGCAGCGUUGCAUCAGAUUUCUUCAACCUCAAUCUCUCUGUUUGUGAGAUAAUGUUCUCUCUGAAUUGUUUAUUAAGUAUGGUGGUAAAUGUCAUAAGAUUUCAAGGAUUCACAACAUUACCACCAUUUUUACAAGGACUUGCAUUCACUGGCCGUCCUCUGUUUCAGUGUCUGAUCUGUGUCGAGCGUUACCUGGCAGUGGUUCAUCCCGUAACCUUUCUGAAGUACAAACCUCUCAGAUAUAGAGUGAUCUGCUGCACUGUGGCAUGGAUAAUCAUUCUUGGCUCUUGUUUGUUCUGCACGUUUACUUCCAUCUCAGAUGUGUUUUACAUAUAUUCAUGGUUUUUCUCCAUUCAGCUACUACUUUUCCUCUCCAUUCAGUUGUUUUGCCUUUUGGUCAUCCUUAAAUCUCUGAAGCAGUCAGGACCAGGAGAGAGAAGAAGAGAGAGAGAGGAGGAAAACCACAUGAAGAGAAGAGCGUUUAUUAUUAUUCUAAUAACUACAGUGAGCAUGAUUAUCAUGCUUGUUCCAUAUACUAUUGCUGGACUUGUCACUGCUAUUCGUUUGCGAACCCAGAACUGCGAGUCAUCUCUGCGCCUCGGCAACAGAGAGACCCGCGUGGGGAACGCGAACCGAACCGAACCGUCCUCCUCAAAGAACGCCCGGCGGGAGCAGAGCACGGCUUCUCGCAAUGCUCACAGUCAGCUCUCUCAAGAACUGACUGCUGGCAUGCUCCACUCCCAAACAGCAACAUAUUAA